GUGUCUUGUAUGCAAGAACAUAGAAUAGGAAAUUUUUAUAUAUUGAAACGUAUAUUGGAAAAUUUAAUACAUAUAUAUUUAUUAUUUGUGUAAUUGCCAUUUGCAGAUUUUAUUAUUGGUGAUGCUCUUGUUAACAUCCUAUUUGGAUCGACAGUGCAAUUAGGAAACAAAUCAACAUAUUCGUACAAAUUUGUAUUAAUAAACAAUGUAUUUUUUUGUGUUUAGAAUAGAUAUUUGAUAUCUUUGUCAAGUUACUUGAACAGCAACAGAAAUUUUAUUGCUGUUAAGACUCAUGCCUAAAGACUUAUUUACAAAAUGACAUUUCUUACGAGAAUGAUGGCAAUUGAGCUUUCAAUUGGCUUGGUCGUAUGCCCCUCUCCAGCGCAUUAUUUCUUCCAGUUAUAUAUCCAUGCCAUUUUUGUCGACGGUCGACAGUCUUGUCGAUACCUAUCGGGCCAUACACGUUUGCGGACGAGCCUACGAUCAGUUUGUGGGAAGAUACACUUUUUCGAGAGAAACUCGACUUAUUCGGCUAAUUUGCUUCGAUUACUUUCAUAUUGCAGGAAAAUGGCAAAUGAUCGCUUAGAUAUAGUGAUAUUUGGCGCCACUGGAUUUACUGGAAAAUUUGUGGUAAAAAAUGCGACUCAUAUGUGCAAAGAUCGGAAACUGAGGUUUGGUAUUGCUGGUCGUAGAAAGGAAGCUUUAGACGCUGUUGUUACAGAAUUUGCUUCAGAUAUUGAGGACAUACCUAUUAUUCUGGCUGACGUAAAAGAUGAAGAGUCUCUCAAAAAAAUGGCAGAACGAGCAAAAGUACUUAUCAACUGUUGCGGUCCAUACAGAUUUUAUGGAGAACCAGUUGUCAAAGCAUGCAUUGCUACUCGCACUCAUUAUGUUGAUGUCACUGCUGAAAUACAGUUCAUAUUGAAAAUGCAAUUGGAAUAUAAUGAAGCAGCGAAAGAAGCUGGUGUUUAUAUAGUGAGCGCUUGCGGUUUUGACUGCAUUCCUAGCGAUUUGGGAAUUAUUUUCACACAACAAAAAUUUGAAGGAGAAGUCAAUGCUAUUGAAAUGUACUUGAAAUGGACAACUAACGCUGAGAAGAAAGGUCCAUAUGCAAGUUAUGGAACUUAUGAGUCGCUACUAUACAGUGCGUGUCACCUAAUGGAAUUACGAGAAUUGCGCGCAAAGUUAUAUACUACCAAAUUGCCCGAAUUCACGCCGAAAUUAAAAAAAAGAAGUGUGGUGCAUCGAAGCGAUGUUUCUAAAGGAUGGUCCGUGUGGUUUCCGUGUUUCGCUGCCGACCGCCCAGUGGCUCUUCGUACACAGCGAUUUUUAUAUGACAAAUAUAAAGAAAGGCCCGUACAAGUUCAGUUUUAUGCCACAAUAAAGUCUUUUUUUGAACUCCUGAUGCUAGCCAUUUUCGGUGCAACUUUAUUAAUCCUGUCGCAAAUAUCAUGCAGUCGUAACUUGCUUCUAAAAUACCCUGCUCUAUUUACGUACGGUUUAGUAAGUCGUGAGAAACCGGAUAUAGAAUUGUUCAAAUCAACGCACUUUGAUAUGACGUUUGUAGCUUACGGAUGGACUGAAAAGCUGGCUAAACCUACCGACAAGCAUACCGAUCCGUCUAAUAAAAAAGUAAUCACCAAAAUCUCUAGCGUUUCUCCCGGAUAUGAAAUGACUAGCAUCGUAGUGAUUUUAUCAGCUAUGACAAUCCUUAACGAAAUUGAUAAGAUCCCCGACAAUGGAGGAGUGCUUACUCCUGGUGCUGCGUUCGGUAAAACAUCUCUGAUCGAGCAAAUGAUUAAACAUAAUAUUAAAUUUGAAGUGAUAUCUACUGAAAUACAAAAUAAAUUAUAAAGAAAGGAGUAUAAAAUAUA